CCCAAACCUUCCAAGGCAAGUUUAGUCUUUUGCGUGUUUUAGCGCAUCAACUCUCGUUUCAUAUCCGAGGUUUUAUAAGAGGAGCUCAACGCGCUCCACUUUUAAUCACAUUAGGAGCCUUUAAUGUUCAAUCCUGUUUUUUUUCUUCCCUACAGUAGCGGUGCAGGAGUGGCCAAAGCCAAAAGCAGCGAUUCAGAUCAGAUUUCACCUAAACCAGCUGGGAGAGACACGAAGAGAGAGAAAGAGAGAGAAAGAGAGAGAGAGAGAGAGCGAGAGCAGAGAGAGAGCGAACAGGGAGAGAGCAGGGAGAGGGUUUGUCAGUAUCCCUCCUCCCAAAUCCAGAAAAGCUUACCAAGGAAAAAGGAGGAGUGUCGGAGCUCAGAGAGACGCAGAGGAAUCCAGAGGAAUUUCCGAGGAUAUUUUCUCUUCUUUUUACCCCUCUUGCUAUUAAAAUUUAAAAGUUGGAGUCGAGGCAGCAGGGACCGUGGUCAAGGAUGGACGAUCAGACUCGGUUGAUGCACUCCCACGGGGUAGGCAUGGCCGGACACCCCGGCCUGGCGCAGCAUAUGCAGGAUGGCACGACGGGGACGGACGGAGAGGGAAGAAAGCAAGACAUCGGAGACAUAUUACAGCAAAUAAUGACCAUCACAGACCAAAGCUUAGACGAAGCACAGGCGAGGAAACAUGCACUGAACUGCCACAGAAUGAAACCUGCUCUCUUCAACGUCUUGUGUGAAAUAAAGGAGAAAACAGUGCUCAGUAUCCGUGGCGGCCAGGAGGAGGAGCCUCCAGAUCCUCAGCUGAUGCGCCUGGACAACAUGCUGCUGGCGGAGGGCGUGGCCGGGCCGGAGAAAGGCGGCGGGUCGGCGGCAGCAGCAGCCGCCGCGGCAGCCGCUGGCGGCGUCGGAGCAGACAACUCAACAGAACACUCCGACUACCGAGCCAAGCUGUCUCAGAUCAGACAAAUCUACCACACAGAGCUGGAGAAAUAUGAACAGUUGGAAAUCGUCUCGACUGGUGGUGGAUAUGGACAAAACUUAAAAAAAAAUGCGUGCAAUGAGUUCACCACCCAUGUGAUGAACUUGCUGAGGGAGCAGUCUCGCACACGACCCAUCUCGCCCAAAGAGAUUGAGCGCAUGGUCAGCAUCAUCCACCGCAAGUUCAACUCCAUCCAGAUGCAGCUGAAACAGAGCACCUGCGAGGCCGUCAUGAUCCUGCGCUCACGCUUCCUCGACGCCAGACGAAAGAGGAGGAACUUCAACAAACAGGCGACAGAGAUCCUAAACGAGUACUUUUACUCCCACCUCAGUAACCCUUAUCCCAGCGAGGAGGCCAAAGAAGAGCUGGCCAAGAAAUGCAGCAUCACAAUGUCACAGGUAUCAAACUGGUUUGGGAACAAAAGAAUCCGGUACAAGAAAAACAUCGGCAAGUUCCAAGAGGAGGCCAACAUGUACGCAGCGAGGACCGCCGUCAGUGCAACCAAUGUGUCUGCUCAAGGCAGCCAGGCUAACUCCCCAUCCACCCCCAAUUCAGCAGAAGGACUCUCUCUUUCUUUACUAACACAGUAAUAUAAUGAGGCUUUCUCGCUCUUCCCUCUUUUUCCUCCUUUCCUUUGCCGUCUGUCUCUCUCACUCAUGUUCUCCGUUUCUCCCUCCCUCUCUCUCUCCGUCUCUGUUAUUGACCUCUUGGUCUUGUGGACGUUAAUUUUUCCUGCCUCUUGUCCGGUUGACCCUGUGCAUGCCAUUAAGCUGCUCAGAGGGCAAGCGGAGUCUUUUGUCAUAUAGAGACUUCGCAACUGUAUUGGAUUAGGACCGGGUGUUGAAAUCAAGUUACGCGAUGGUCUCUUUACAUCUGGGGAGCUGGGGUCCAUUAAAGGACGAAGACAAUUCUUUGGGUCUUCCUGCGGAUCAAUUAUUACUUCCUUAAUGAAACACUAGCAGCUUGGACAUUUAACAACAAUACAAUCCAUAAGGCUUGUUUUAACUGGACUUAAACAGUUUUAUGAUGAUUUUCUGUCUCAUGGAUCUUGCUGGUUGAUUUUUCCUUGUAGAUUAUGCUUCAGUGAUAUUCUGUAGCAUGUUUGUAGAGAAAGCCUUUUUCAUGAUGCCGGCAGCCCCCACCAACUAACCCACUCAAUGCACUUUUGCUUAAGCAUGAUCAUUUUAACUCCUUUUUCUCUUACUCUUUUCUUCCUUUGUCUCUCUCUUCUCUUUCCUUUGUCCUACCCUCUUGCU